ACCAUGGCAGCCGAGGGUAUUUAAACGCUGCACGAGGCUCCAAUCGUCCGUUUACACUUGCUCGUGGACUUGUUUCGACCUGCUCCAACCUCAGCCUGUGGAAAGCUAAGUUUUGCAAAACAUUUGACUGAAAGCGGAUUAAACUUGAGAGCACAACAAGUACUUCAUCGGUUUGUACUUGUUUCUGUUUUUCAAGUUUGAAGAUGGCUCGCCGUGGACCCGGACUCCUCGACUGUCACCUGGACUUCUCUGCAGGGCGUCUUGACUAUGUGGUUGAACGCCCUGCAGAAGAAGGCCUUCCUGAAGUCAUCAGGAUCCUGGAUGACAGUCUCCAGAGCACCACCUCUUCUCGUGAAGCUCAGGACACUGAUACCCAGCGUAUCAGCGAAGGUGAGUAUGGUGAGUAUUUUACCCCUCUCUCACCCUCACCCUCUUCUGAUGAAGCACCAGAUGCUGAUGACGGUGAACAGCAAGGUGAGUAUGGUGAGUACCCCCCCUACCUACCUGUAGACGAUGAAGAGGUGAGUGAACAGACUGACAAUUCAUCUGACUGGAACGACUCAGAAGAGUGGGGGGAUUGGCUUAGCGAUGACUCGGGGUAUGACACCAUGGAUGAGAGAGAUGAUUCCCCUCUCAUCCGGGAGCACCCUCCAGAGCCGUUUUGGCACGAUUGGCAACAUCCUAUUGCUCCAGGUGCUGCCCCCAUCGCCAUGCCGCCUUUCGGCCAGGCCAACGCCCCACUCUUCCCUCGAGUUGUUGCCCCAGUUGGUGACCCGCCAGCUGCUCCUCCCUCAGCUCACCACGGUUCUCCACCUACUAUAAUCCAUUCCUGA